UUGGGGUUUGGGAAAGGAGAACGAGACAAGAGAGUAUGGAAACUGGGGAAUAUUAUGAACGUAUAUCUACCAACGACCACGAUUACAGCACAGCACCGCAGCCCGCGUUUGUUGACUCGGUUCUGGAAGAAAACGAAAGGCUUCGCGAAGAAAUCGACCAUGUGAGGCAGCAGAUGGAACAGAUGUCACUCAAACAGCGUUUUGGGCUGCAGCGAUUUACAGGUUCUGACAGUGACAUCCGUUUCUACACCAGGUUUUCAUCUUAUGAUCAUCUGAUGCGGUUUUGGCAGGUGAUUGAACCACCACUGAGAUUCAUGGUUCGGGUAACCAGAACAGGAACUGCAAACGUUGAAUCUGAAAAGCAAAGUGCUUCCAUGUCCUUACAGGCAAUAGAUGAACUGUUCCUCUUCCUGAACUACCUUGCCCUUGGUCUGAAGCUGAGGGACUUAGCUGAGCGGUAUGGGGUGCAUCAGUCUACUGUAAGCAGAAUCAUUCUGACCUGGAGCAAUUUUCUGUUCUCUGUUCUUGGUUCACAAUGCAUUUGGAUGACUCAAGACAAAAUUAAGGAACACUUGCCAUCAGAGUUUGAAGACUACCCAGACACCACCACAAUUCUGGACUGCACAGAGCUCCGGUGUCAAACACCCUCCUCCCCUUUACUUCAGAGUGAGGUAUACUCAAACUAUAAGUCCCACUGUACCCUGAAGGGAAUGAUUGGCAUGGCCCCCCAUGGCGCUGUAACCUUUGUUUCCUCCCUUUUUGCCAGCUCAGUAAGUGACAAACAGAUCUUUGUAGAGUCAGGUAUUCUUACUCUGCUUAGGCCAGAUAUGGCAAUUAUGGUCGACAGAGGCUUCCUUGUGGAUGACUGUGUGCCCUGUAAAGUGUACAGGCCUGCAUUCCUCGCUGGGAGACCUCAGAUGCCAAAGCACGAGGUCAGGGAGACCCAAUCUAUUGCACAUCUUAGAGUGCACAUUGAGCGCCUAAUUCGUAGACUGAAGGAAUUUAAAUUCUUUGAUACGGUCAUCCCCUUAAACAUGUUUGGUAACAUAAAUCAGCUUUAUGCAGUUGCAUGCCUACUGUUAAAUUAUCAGAGUGGGCCACUUGUAAAAGCUUGGGCUAAGUAAAAGUGCCUCUUGUUUUUAUCCUCUCUUAAUCCUUGUAAAUAUAUCUUAAACAUGCCUCUAGAUUUAUUCUCUGUAUAUAUCAUUCAUCUCAUAGUUUAAACUUAAAAUCGAUUCACUAAAAAUCUGA